AUGGGUGUGAUGGCUGCUUUGUUUCUAACAAUGAACGUGUUCGCUGAGUUUGCUGGGCCGGCUACAAUUGGCCUUCCACGAGCUGUCAAAGAGAAUAAACGCGACAUGUUUUACGCCGGUCCAUAUCUUCCUCUCUACUAUGCUCUGACAGGUUGCUUAGCUAGCUUAUUCGGCGUUGUGUGGACGAUAAUGAUUUGGGAUUCUUGUCACAGAGUGCAAAAAGGGAAGCUAUGGGCACUUCCAGCGAUUGUGGCCACGUGUUCGCAUUUUAUCGUCAGUGGAUUGAGCUGGUUCAAUUCCGAAGGCUACCAACCGUUCGUCAUUCUUGCUCAGUUCAUCCUGCUUCUUUGCUGUGUGGUCUAUUCACAAAUCAUAAUGGGCGCAACAUUCGAUACAGUUAUCGAU